AUGACCCAACAAAAGAAGGAAAUAUUGCCGACUUUCGACACAAGAAACUCGCACUAUAAGCUGCACCAAACCAUCAACCCAAACUGGAAGCAGGGCUCCGGUGCCAACAAGGUGCUUUACCCUGAGGCGCUUUGGGAAAAGGUGCCAAAGAGCGAGGUUACUCCGUCCUCCAGAUCUGUUGCGGACAACUACAAGUUAUUAAUCUCCACAGUCACCCCGCGUCCCAUCGCUUUGAUCUCGUCCAUCAAUCCAGUAACCAACACUGAAAACUUGGCGCCGUUCUCCUUUUUUAAUGUCGUCAAUGUCGACCCCCCUCUCUUCUGUGUAGGUAUCAGCGGCGGACCAGGCCGUUUCAAAGAUACCCCCGCCAAUAUUUUGGCCACCGGUGAGUGCACCAUUAACAUCAUGUCCGAAUGGUUCGUGGAAGCUGCAAACUAUACUUGCAUCGACUCUCCCCCUGACGUCAGCGAAUGGGAGUUGUCUGGUCUCACGCCGUUGCCAUCUACCCUCGUGAAGCCACAACAUGUCCAGGAAUCUGCCUUCUCGAUCGAAGGGAAAUUGGUCACCCACCACAAGUGGUACUCUGAGAAGGACGACACCAAGCAGACUGGAACCUUGCUCAUCAUCCAGGCUGUCAAUUUCCAUAUCAGAGACGACCUUCUUAACGAAUCGACUAACGAGGCGGACAUGGAGAAGUUGAAACCAGUCGGCAGAUUGGGCGGUGUUGUCUACAGCACCAUACACUCGGGCUUCGACUUGCCAAAGAAGUUCUAUCAAAAGGACUACUUGGACCAACUAGAGAAUUAG